CCGUGCUGCGGCUGCGGGUCGCUAUUCGAUCUUUUUUUGGAGGAGAAAGUUACGUUCGUACGACUGGAGUAAACAUUCAAUUAAUCGCAACAUUUUCUAUAAAAGAAAACCGUUUAUAUAUAUAUAUGGAAAUUAGUGAAUUAUUGAUCAUUCUUUCAAAGCGGAAAUUCGUUUAAUUUAACGUGAUCAGGGCCGGUAUACGCGUUCCGUUCUGUACACAUGGCGUUCGAUUAAGACACGUGAGGUGACAAAAUGAGACUGAAAGUUCGUUUGAUUAAUAUUUGCAUCAGGCAUAAGUGCACGACCGCGCAGAUCGAUAUUGAAACCAAAAAGAGCCGAUUGAGAAAAUUACGUGUGAAAAGCGUCCAACGGGAUGAACCUAAGCAGGCAGAUCUAACCUCUAAGAAUGAUCGUCCCGCACAAAACUCGGAUUUUAACACGCCUGCAAUACCCGAUAAUUUCGAAACUGGCUUCUGGAAAUUAUUUGCAAAAUCUGAGAAAACGUUAAACAAACAAACGGACAUUAAUGUGCAGGUGUCGAAAAAUUUUGCAUGCAACGGGAAUAUAAAUUCGGAUAUAGAAUCGAAAGACGUGAAAGGUAAUGAUGCAAACUCGAACAAGAAACUACAAAGAACUCGAUCAUUGCCUCAAGAAUCGCUUCAACGUACACAGAAAUUAAAAGGACAAUCAGACAAUAAUUCGGAAAAAGAUGCUAUCAGAGUUAACGAAGUGAAUAUGCAGAUGCUCUCUAAACCGUUACACGAACAACUGUUCAAGACGGAUGACGUGCAGGAACGCCUCUCGGAGGAAGAAACCAAGAAUGUGAAGAAAAACUUGGCUACCUUCGGCAUAAACGUUGAAGAGGCGACCAGAUUGCCGGAUGUAAAUUUGAAGCUACCAGUCUUGGAAGGAAAAGACAUAGAGGAGCACUUCUAUAACAUUGGAAGAGCACAAGUCAAGCCCUAUCUGAAAAUUAUAAACGACAUUGUAAAGGACAUACCUGAGAUGCCGAAGCAAUGGCUCUUUAGGGAAGGAUGGACCAGAUACACGGCUGACGGCGAGACAGAAAGCGUAGAUUAUCCGUUGGAGGAUGGUGUGAUUUUUGAUGUUGAAGUGUGCAUGCAGCAAGGUCCUCUACCCACUCUCGCCACUGCAGUGAGCAACAAAGCCUGGUACGGUUGGGUAUCGAACCCCUUGGCCCAAGGUGUUAGUCAGACGUUCGACACGCAGUUGUUCACGCCGAGCAUGCUCAUUCCUAUGGAGAGUAGUAAGGAGGAAUAUGGACACAAAUUGAGCCAGUACCAAAAGAAACCGAAGGUCGUUGUCGGACAUAACGUGUCGUACGACAGAAGUAGAAUUAAGGAGCAGUUUUGGCUGAAUUGUACGGGAACUCGUUUCCUUGACACCAUGUCGCUACACAUAUGCGUCAGUGGUCUCAACAGUUACCAAAGAUCAUUGUUACUGUCCAAGAAAAUAGACACGGAGAAAAAUGCCUGGCAGUCUAACACUUCACUGAACAAUCUGGCGGAAGUGCACAAGCUGUACUGUGGAUACGAAAUAAGCAAGGAACUAAGAAACAUAUUCGUCGAGGGUACGAUUGAGGACGUUAAAAAUAAUUUUGACAUGUUAAUGCACUAUUGUGCGUCCGACGCAGUUGCCACACACAAUGUCCUGCGUAACAUAUUCCCACUUUUUCAAGAAAGAUUCCCUCACCCGGUUACCCUAGCCGGAAUGCUGGAACUCGGUUCCGCGUACUUGCCGGUGAACUCCAACUGGCAGAGAUACUUGGAAGAGUCAGAGUCCACCUUCGACGAUCUAAACUACGAAGCAAAGUUCACCCUCGCUAAGAGAGCUGAUGCCGUCUGUGAACUCAUGCACGGCGAGAAGUACAAGGAGGACCUGUGGAUGUGGGAUCAGGAUUGGAGCACGCAGGAAAUUAAGGUGAAGAAAAAAGUGUCCCGUUCGAAAGAAAAGCUUUCUGAUGCAGGAGAAAAUGUACAAGCAGACCAGGUAAGCCAGAUGGACGAUAAGAAAUAUUUGUCAGACGAUGAGGAAGAGGAGGAAGAUUCUCUAGCGAAACAAUUUGCUUACCUUGAGGAGACUAGACAUUUGUUGCCAGCCAGAAUGCCGCACAUGCCAGGAUAUCCAGCCUGGUACCGAAAACUUUGUCCUAAGCAAAGUGACAAAGACUGGGCGCUGGGACCGCAAAAUAUCAGCACUUCCAUGCAGGUGGCCCCAAAGUUACUUAACUUGACGUGGGAGAAGUACCCGUUGCAUUACAUAAAGGAACACGGUUGGGGCAUCUUGGUUCCGUACAAUAACGAUCUUGAUAUCGAGACUAAGUUGCCUCUGAAAAAUCUCUUGGCCCACUGCCCUCUGCCAACGUCCGACAAGUCUAGAGAUACUUCUGACGACGCGAUGACCACUCUGAGCACCGACGUGCAAAUUGAUCUUCACAAGACGGAAUUCUGGCGGUUCAAGAAGAAGCAAGACGGUUCCGAUGACAAUUUUUAUAAGGGCACCGGCGUGUGGUGCAAUGUCGAUAUCGACAACUGCUGCUACUUCUUCAAGCUGCCGCACAAGGACGGUGCCAAUUAUAACGUCGGCAAUCCGCUCGCGAAGGAUUUCCUCAACAAGUUCUCCGAGAAUGUACUUGCUGGUUUGGACGUCAGUGCAGCGGAAGUGUUGAAGAUCGCCCGUAUGUUGUCCUACUGGCGAAACAAUCGCGAUAGAAUCAUGUCGCAGCUGGUGGUGUGGCUGGAUGAUCAGUCGCUGCCUGGUAACGUCAAGAGGACAAGGAAACACACGUGUUACGGCGCGAUAAUACCCCAAGUGAUCGUUUGUGGCACCCUGACGCGUCGCGCGGUGGAACCGACGUGGAUGACAGCAUCGAACGCGCACGUUGAGCGCAUUGGUUCUGAACUGCGAUGCAUGGUGCAAGCACCGCCUGGAUACAACAUUGUCGGCGCGGACGUGGACAGCCAGGAGCUGUGGAUUGCUUCGAUCAUCGGAGACGCUCACUACAAUGGUGUUCAUGGGGCGACGCCUUUCGGUUGGAUGACUCUGAUCGGCAGCAAGUCCAACGGCACUGACAUGCACAGCGUCACCGCGAAGGCCGUCGGCAUCUCGCGUGAUCACGCCAAGAUCAUCAACUACGCUCGAAUCUACGGCGCCGGCCAGAAGUUCGCUGAACGACUGCUGAAACAGUUCAAUCCAUCUAUGGCGGACGCUGAAGCGACUGCCAAAUCACGCAAGAUGUUCGCGCUUACCAAGGGCAAAAUGGUAUUCCGACUGAAGCCCGAAUUCAUCAGUGAUUACCUGGAAGACAAGUUUUACACGAGUUAUCAGGCGUACCAGGUGGCGAAACUGCAUGGCAAGACGCUGCAGGAUAUGUUCCAGAAGAGUGAAUGGGCAGGCGGCUCGGAAUCGGCCAUGUUCAACAGGCUGGAGGAGAUCGCCGGCAGCAAGCAUCCGGUCACGCCGUUUCUGGCUGCAAGACUCAGCCGCGCUCUGGAGACUACCGACACUACCGAUGACGACAAAUUCCUGCCCACCAAGAUCAACUGGGUGGUGCAGAGCGGCGCGGUAGACUUUCUCCAUCUGAUGCUGGUAUCUAUGAGAUGGCUGAUGAGAGAUAAUGCGAGGUUCUGCCUGUCGUUUCAUGACGAAGUGAGAUACUUGGUGCCGUCCAGAUACAAGUACAACGCCGCGCUGGCUAUGCACGUGACCAAUCUGAUGACGAGAGCGUUCUGCGCGUCCAGAUUAGGCAUGAGAGACCUGCCGAUGUCCGUGGCAUUUUUCACCGCUGUGGAAGUCGACACCGUCUUACGCAAAGAGUCCGCACACGACUGCAAAACUCCAUCGAAUCCUCACGGCCUGCAGACCGGAUACGAUGUACCACCCGGCGAAAGUCUAGACGUGCAAGCUGCUUUGGAGAAGUCCGGUGGCUCGUUAGGCUCGUGGCAUGACGCGAGAAAUCGCAAACUAGCAAACACGCCGACGAAUCCGAUUAAUUAAAGUUCUUUAAACAAAAAUCACAAAA